GCCACUUUUCUCUGCUCUUCGUCUUCCUCGCGCACGCUUUAGAGGAUUACGAGCGUAGUAAACGAAUGGAGAACCAAGGGGAGUAUCCCAGACCAUUAUUCAAGGACAUUAGAAGGUAUUACUGCGAGUUCUGCGGGAUUUGCAGGUCGAAGAAAUCUCUUAUCGCUUCGCACAUCAUCGCCAACCAUGAGGAAGAAAUGAAGCAAAAGGAGAUGAACAAAGAAGAUGGAGCUGAGAAGAAGCUGAAUGUUUGUGAAGAAUGUGGUUCCAUUUUCCAAAAGCCGGCACAUCUGAAGCAGCAUAUGCAGAGCCAUUCACUUGAGAGACCCUUCACAUGUUCGGUGGAUGAUUGCCCCUCCAGCUUUAGAAGGAAGGACCACUUGACAAGGCAUUUGCUUCAGCAUCAAGGGAAAUUAUUUGAAUGUCUUUUCCCUGAGUGUAAAAGUAGAUUUACAGUUCAGGGUAACAUGGCACGGCAUGUAAAAGAGAUUCAUGAUGGUUAUGUCUCUCCUGUCGAGCACCAUCCCAAGGAGCACAAAUGUCCUGAGCCCGGGUGUGGAAAGGUGUUCAAGUAUCUAUCCAAAUUACAGAAGCACGAGAAUUCUCAUGUUAAGUUAGAUUCGGUGGAGGCAUACUGUGCAGAGCCAGAAUGUAUGAAAUAUUUCAGCAACGAGAAGUGCCUGAAGGAGCAUAUCCGGUCAUGUCAUCGGUAUGUUAGCUGUGAAAAGUGCGGCACUAAGCAGCUGAAGAAGAACAUUAAGCGACACAUUCGAAUGCAUGAAGGAGACAUUUCCACAGAGAGAAUCAAGUGUAGUUUUGAUGGAUGCUCCCUAACAUUUUCAAAUCCUUCGAAUCUCAGCCAGCAUGUGAAAGCAGUGCACUUUGAGCUUGUGCCAUUUAUCUGCCACGUCACGGGUUGUGGCAUGAGAUUUGCAUUCAAACACGCCAGGGAUAGACACGAAAAAUCUGGGAUCCAUGUAUUUACUCCAGGGGAUUUCCAAGAGUCUGAUGAACAAUUUCGAUCAAGGCCAAGAGGCGGCAGGAAAAGAAAGUACCCUGCUGUCGAGUCGCUGUCGCGAAAGAGGGUAGUUCCAGUUCCACCGGAGAUUAGCAUGAACGGGCAAGAUAGCCACCCGGCGUCGCCCAUCUCUCAAGCGUGAAGAGGAGGGAAAGAACAAUUCUCAAUCAGACAUGAUUCUUGCUUCUUGUAACAAGAUAGAUAUAUAUAUAUAUAUGUGUGUGUAUGUAAUACAAAUACAUCAACAAUACUAAUAUUAAUAUGAUCCGUUUUGCCUA